AGGCGGAGUUCAGUUCAUAAAAACAUUUCGCCAACUUAUUCACCUCUUCACUUCUUCGUUCACAUAUUUGAACAGGGAAACCUCUUCCCUGGUCUACUCUUGAGGAAUAACAACUCAUGGAAUAUCUAAACUUUGUGGCACGUUUACAUUUUUGACACUUUUCUGGGCUCAUUAACUAGUCUUUUCCCCCUGCAGUGGAAGCGCUCCCAGGACCGGAGACUUUUCUGGUUUCUAACUUUACUUUUCUUAUCUUGUCCCCGUCGGAUUUCUGGGGGGCACAUGCGAUGUCACGGACUAAUAAAGAAGAGAGACAUGUACGUCUUUAGCUAUGUGUUUUCCAUACGACGGUGUUUGUUGAAUUUAUUAUUUUAAACCAGUUGAGCAACUGGCGACUGAACAUAUAUAAUCAAUGUGGUGCCAGCUGGAAGGACGCGGGGUCCGGAUCUCACCUAAACGCUGAUACGUCUUGGGAGUGAUGCACUGGCUUCCCCUGGUUGCCAUGGUGAUUGCCUCGGCCCUGCCCUUUCCUCAUAACCCCAUGUCCAGGAUUGCCGCCGCAACGAAACACAACCGUCAUGACCAGGCUUCUCGCCUCGCAGUUCCCCCUGUGGACUACAACUUCCAUGAAAAUGUCUCACAAACGGACUACAACAUGGCUGCUGCUCUAAGCCAACAUACCAACAGACAAAACCUCCAAAACCGUAGGGAUUAUGUGAAAUCCUCCUCAGAUGAAGAGACUUCCACGUUCAAAGUGGAGCAUCAAGAAACCUACGAAUCGAUUAGUAACUCAGGUAGCGAUCACAAAAGCAGUGUGGAUGUUCCCAAAGAAGGAGGACCACUCAGGACCGAGGAUAACUCUCUACCAAAGGACUACAAAGCUGAUAUCAGCAGCAGGCAGGACUCCUCCAGGUUUGUAGACAAGACUGACAAUAUUCAGGACUCUACAGAACGGUUGUCGCUGGUUACUACAGCAGAAACCCAUAAGGCCGUCAGUCCUGCUGCUCAUCUACAGGAUCAAAGAGGACCAGAACCAACUGUUCCCUCGGAGAAGCUGAGAGAUCCACCUACAAUCAGUACAGGAGGCUUGAACCUGGACGCAGAGCUGGGUCUGGGGAUGGACAAUAUCUUAGAUGAAGACGGGAUGUUUCUGGACGCACACCCGCGAGUCCUGUUCUCCCCCUCCACGUCGCCUCCAGAACACCCCCCUCUCCUGCUCAUGUUGGAGACCGGCCUGCUGGAGGAGGACGGGGACAGAGAAGAGCAGGAGGACGUGGACGGACACAUCGAGGGUCACGGGGACCGGGCGAUUGACAGGAGCACCCCUCCGAGUUGGGCAGAUUCUUCCAGAGUUACCGAGGUUGACCGUUCUGUUAAAAGGGAUAAACGCUCACACUCAAUGGACAGAAGGCGAGGAGAAAAAUCUGUGUGCGAGGCAGAGAGUGGUUGGGUUAAUGACAAGAAAACUGCCAUCGACACCCGUGGUCGUUUAGUCUCCAUCUUGCAGGAGAUCCAGACCCAGACUGGACCACUCAAACAGUACUUCUACGAGACCCGUUGUCGCGAGGCAGAGCAGUCCAGCAACAACGGCAGGUCGAAUGCCGGCGUGGCACCAGUGGCAGUCGAUACGGGCGAAGCCAGGCACGGCUGCUUUGGCGUGGAUAGAAAAGCGUGGGUCAGUGAGUGCAAAGUCAAGCAGUCGUUCGUCAGAGCGCUCACCAAAGAUGCUAACAACAGAAUCGGAUGGAGGUGGAUCCGCAUUGACUCGUCUUGCGUCUGUGUGCUGCUGGCCAGAGUCACGGAGGCUCCCAGGAUUAAGAGGAGGAAGGGGAGAGGCUGAGAGUGGGGGGGGAGUUAAAAAGUGACACAAGGCAGAGUAGCUGUGAGACAUCCUUUUGGGUUCAUUUCCCUUAACAUGAUGGAUUUCUCCUUCCCUCCACCACAACUUCACAAGACUUUUGAAAAAAACAAGAAGACCUCAAUACUAGACCUUAGGGAAAUGUUUCCUAUAUAUAGAGAGAGAGAUUUUACUUUAAAAAGUACUGUUUUUGUACGAUUUUUAUCUUUCAUAAUCUAAGUUAUUUUUGAUUAGUAUGUAAGCAUGUGUAUGUCUUUGAUAUUAAUAUAUUCCUUGAUAUUUGUGUACACUAUGAAACCAGUAUACCUUUAUAUAUGACGCUAUGUAUAUCUGUGUGUAUUUAUAGAAAAACUUGUGGUAGUCUCACCAGUGUCUGAUGAUAAUUCCAGCCUCUGGGCCGCUCGGGUAGAGAGAGAGGAGCGCCACCUAUUGAGGCUCCAUUUUACCGCUCCCAUUUGGAUUACCAUGAUUGUGAUACAGAAAGCCUCGUCAAACUUAAGCAUGGUUUUAUACAAUGUUUUAUGGCAGGAAACAUCUCAGUGUGGAACUUGUUCAAUGUGGUACAUGAAUGUAAAAACAUGUGGUUUGUGAAUUAUCUGACACCAGGACAAGCUCAUUUUAACAUCUGCUGGUUUGUUCAGCUUGCCUGUAAAAUGUGGUAAUAAAGGAUCUUUGUACUCAGCCGUUUAUUGUCCAACAAUGUAACUGAUAUAUAUGCAGAUUUGAAUUCUCAAAGCACAAAAUAUCAAAAGAUAUUGAGUAAUAAAUGUCAGUUAUUUUACUGUUGUUAUCUGACAAUACCAGGCAGUUUUACAAAUGACAGUAAAAGUAUUCUGAGCUGUUACUCAUGUCAAAGUAGCAAAUCCAUAAUUUAGCUCCAUUGCACGUAAAAGUAAUGUAUAUUUUGUCUGCAAGUUCUAAUGAUUAGUGUUUAUUAAACAAGAGCAAUGCAUAAAAAAACACACAUCUCAUAAAGAGAGGAAACUAUUUGUCGGAUUUAGCUAUUAGCUAAUUUCCAUCUGCAUUAAAAAUAAAUAUAAUGUUGUAAAAAUAAAUGUAUAAAGUACAAUAUUUGCCUCACAAAAAAAUAUAGUAGAAAAGUGAAAAAGGUAUCUAUAAUUCAGAAAUAAAUGAGUAAAUAACUGGGUAAAUGUAGUUAUACUAAGCGCUAUACUGAGGAGACUAUGAUCAGAAGAGAAAGAAAAACAAAAGUGGGGGGGGGGUGAAAAUGGAGAAAGUUUGCGAUUAUCAGCAUACCCACUUGGAUCGCUUUAUUUUCUGUUUUCUUUACAUCACCAUUUUCAUCAUCAUUAUUAUUUAUUUUUCAGAUGAUAUUUUCAAUUUGUAUUACUAUCACUUUUAUCAUGGAAAUCUGUUAAAUCAUUGCACAAUUUGUUCUCAAAAUGUACACAUACAGUAGCGUAUUUGAAUGACCAUUUUCAAUGUUUCAUAUUUACUUUUAAAACUAGUUCAAAUGAAGCCAAGAAGGAACAGAACAUAUACAUACAAUUAUCCAAUACAUACCUAAAGAAAAUAAAUAGAUAUCGUAAAAAAUAAUAAAUACAACUGAAAAAAAUACACACAUUUUACAAAUUGAUCCCCAGGCUCCCAAUCCCCAUAGGUUUAUCAUACAGAUAUAUAUUUUUUAAAGACACCUCAUAUCAUCUUCACCACCAAAAAAAAAGAUUUUAGGUCAUUGUCAUUUGUUUGACAUGCAUCGUAAACACAGAGGCUAAAGGUUUUGUUUCCCGGGCUUCCUCGCCCUCUCUCCCUGCCUCUCUCUGAUCUCACCCCCCAGAGAGCUCUUGGUAUCUGUUAUGGCUUGUGUGUGCAGUAAAAUGACCGGCUUCUGUCCACCCUUUCAGUUUUGUUCUCUCCUCGCUGUGAGCCGCUGUUUUGUCUCUCUGCACCUCUCUCAUCAUCAGGAAUACCCAAGACCCUGAGCUGAUGAUUACAAGUCAUGAAGCA